GAAUGAUCAGUUCAUCCGAAGUGCUCCAAUCGUCUCCCAGUCGAUCACCUUCUCACAAUUCGGAGCUUCCGUGGCAGUCGGCUUGGGGGUUACCGGCCUCGUGGAUGGCCGCGCUGGGCUUCGGGAGGCCCUGGCCUGGAAGGACGUCUUGCGAUCCUUCCCUGUGGCGGCUUGCUUCUCCUUGAGCCAGACCUUUACCAUCAUGGCCUACAGCGCUGGGGUCAGCGGAAUGGAGAACACGGUCGUCGGCAACGUCUACCUGCCACUCAGCGCGCUGCUGAGCCGGUGGAUCUUUCGCCGAUCGUACAGCUUUCUGGAGUGGAUCGCUCUCACCGCGUUGAUGCUUAGUGCCAGCGUCUUCGUGCUGCUGCAGCAAUCUCCCUCAGGCGAAGUGUCGUCCCACAUCUUCUCAACAGGGAUCCUCUAUGUGAUCCUCUCCGUCUGCAUGUCCUGCCUGGCCUCCAUGCUCUCUGAGAAGAUCAUGAAGGCCGGCAGCAGCCCGUUCUACAUCCAGAAGGUGAACUUGGACAUCGGGAGUUUCAUCACGUCUGUGAUCAUGCUCUUCGUUUGUGGCAUGGCAAGCGAGCGGCCAAAUGAUGCCUUCUGGAAGAGUCGAGAUGUGGACGGGAGGAUGGAGGCAGGAAUCUUCGUGGCCUGGGAUGCUCGGAUGGUCCUGGUGUUGGUGGUGACCCUUCUCCAGAACUGGCUUGCAGGUCUCGUUGCCAAGCGCCUCUCCACCGUCAUCCGCUCCAGCGCACAGCAACUCUCUUUGCUCAUCGUGUACUUCGUGGGGGACAUUUGGUUGAACCACGUUGUUUUCGACUGGCCAGUGGGAACCACGGCGCUGGUGAUUGCUCUCUCCGUGCAGGUGUUCGCGUUGGCGGGGCAGGUGGAGCACAAGAACAGUGCUGCCACCUCCGCACCCCCCAGCUCUUCCUCUUGUGAGAGCCAGGUAGUUUAA